GCUCAGUUUCGUUUCCUCACGGGCCUCAGGCGGUCGAGUCUGGCAGUCGCGGCCACAGUUCCAGCGCGUCCCGUCCAGUCCCCAGGAGCGCCAUGGCGGAGCUGGUCCCCCUGGCCGAGGAGCUGUCGUGCUCCAUCUGCCUGGAGCCUUUCAAGGAGCCGGUCACCACGCCCUGCGGCCACAACUUCUGCGGCUUGUGCCUGGACGAGACGUGGGCCGUCCAGGGCUCGCCGUAUCUGUGCCCGCAGUGCCGCGCCAGCUACCACGCGCGGCCGCAGCUGCGCAAGAACACGGUGCUGUGCGCGGUGGUGGAGCAGUUCCUGCAGGCGGAGGAGGCCCGGGCGACGCCCCCGCCCCCGGACGACUGGAAGCUGCCCACCCGCGCCGCCACGCCCAGCCCGGCGGGCCCAGUGGCCUGCGACCACUGCCUGAAGGAGGCCGCGGUCAAGACAUGCCUGGUGUGCAUGGCCUCCUUCUGCCGGGAGCACCUGCAGCCGCACCUGGACAGCCCCGCCUUCCGGGACCACCAGCUGCAGCCCCCCGUCCAGGACCUGAUGCGCCGCAAGUGCCCCCGGCACAACCGGCUGCGGGAAUUAUUCUGCCCCCAGCACGACGAGUGCAUCUGCCACAUCUGCCUAGUGGAGCACAAGGCCUGCUCGCCUGUGCCCCUGAGCCAGGCCAGCGCCGACCUGGAGACCAAGCUGAAGCAUAAGCUGACUGUCAUCUACAGUCAGAUCAAUGGGGCCUCGAGAGCUCUGGAGGACGUGAGAGCCCGGCAGCACGAUGUGCGGGAGACUACAAAUCGGAGGAUGGAGCAGCUGAGACAGGAGUACAUGGAAAUCAAGGCACUCAUCGAUGCUGCAGAGGUCACCUCCACUCGGAAGAUAAAGGAGGAGGAGAAGAGGGUCAAUACCAAGUUCGACAACAUCUACCAGAUCCUUCUCAAGAAGAGGAGUGAGAUCCAGAAUCUGAAGGAGGCGGUUGAACUUGCCUUGACCAAGGGGGACGAGUUCGAGUUUCUGGAGAAAGGGCUAAAGCUGCAAGGAGUGUCCACAAAGCCGGUCUACGUCCCCAAGGUGGAGCUAAAUCAGGAGCUGAUAAGGGGCGUCUGUCAGGGCACCUCAGACCUCAAAGACGAGCUGAAGCGGUAUAUCAGGCAGUCCCAGGACAAGAAGCCCGAGGAACCCACCAGCUCAGGGAACCCUGGAGAGCAUGGCCCAGCACCCACGCACAAACCCACCCACUCUGCGAAAAAGGGCCCUAAAGAAGAAAAGAAACCCAAGAAACCUCCCCCCGCCUCAGCCUUCAAGAUGCCCACCUUAGGAGCCUUGGCCACCAAGAUGCCUACCUUCGGAGCCCAGGGAGAGUCCGUGGAUCUGGAGGGUAUAGGCAAAGCCCCUACUGCACAGCCCAACGCGGCGGCCGUCAAGGCCAAGGUGCUGGAGACCUUCUUAGCCAAGUCCAGGCCGGAGCUCCUGGAGUAUGCCGUUAAAUUCAGCCUGGACUACAACACGGCCCACAACAAGGUGGCGCUGUCAGAGAACUACACGGUCGCCUCUGUGGCUGAAUCACCCCUGAACUACCAGCCGCAUCCCAAGAGGUUCAUGUACUGCUCUCAGGUGCUGGGCCUGCACUGCUACAAGAAAGGGAUCCACUACUGGGAGGUGGAGCUGCAGAAGAAUAACUUCUGCGGGGUGGGCGUCUGCUACGGCAGCAUGCCACGCCAGGGCCCCGAGAGCCGGCUCGGCCGCAACAGCGCCUCGUGGUGCGUGGAGUGGUUCAACACCAAGAUCUCUGCGUGGCAUAACAACGUGGAGAAAACGCUGCCCUCCACCAAGGCCACGCGGGUCGGCGUGCUGCUCAACUGUGACCAUGGCUUCGUCAUCUUCUUUGCCGUCUCCGACAAGGUCCACCUGAUGUAUAAGUUCAAAGUGGACUUCACGGAAGCGCUGUACCCUGCCUUCUGGGUGUUCUCUGCUGGUGCCAUGCUCUCCAUCUGCUCCUACAAGUAGGCAGGCCACAGGCGCGGGCCUCUGCGGGCCCCGGCUUGUGGCGACAGAGCCACAGGUGGACCUCUCUACAGGUCUCCUGUGAUUCCCCAGGGGUUGAGAGUGUUGGGGGGUGGGGACUGGUGGGAGGUGGGGGUCGGGGGAUGGAGUAAGAGGAGAGAUCCGGCCAGAGCAAGGGGUGGGGGUGACGGCAUCACGGCCCAGGAGGCAUGGCCACGUCCUGGUGCCUGUCAGGGCAGGGUGACCUCCUCCUUGUUCUGGUAGGUCUCCAACUGCUGGCAGCUGGACGGGGCUCUGAGCGCCCUUCUCUGUUGCAGGGAGUCUGCAGCCGCUGCGUGCUCUUCCCCAGGUGACGUGGCGUGAGCUCCUUUGCUGCCUGGAAAAGCCUUCGGAUCUUAGUGUUUUGAUUACUUCCAUAGGGCUAUUCAACUCAAUAGAUUUUUUAAAAAUUCCAAAAUAACUGAAUUUCAAUAUUAUUCAUCCUUCCCUGCUAACGUGGGGGGAUUUGGGUAUUUUAUGUCCUUAAGAGAAACUACCCAUGGCAGAUCUCCACCUAGAUGAGAGUUUCUGGAAGGUGUGUGUCCUCUCCCCGCACUUGAGAAUAGCCCUGCUCCCCUUCCUCUCCUCCUGCCUCACACACCCCGUCGAUGGUUUUCAAAUGUUCAAUGCGACAGGAAACUUUCCAGGCUAAGGUUUCGAACCAUGAUCUGGAUCAGCCUCUGUGGAAUUUGUGAUUCAAGGUCAAGGUGACCCAGGUCCCAUGGAUGGAAACCCCUCCCGUUUCCGACUCUUGGCAGACAUUCUUUGGCUGUACCCAGAGCUUGGGGGAGGCUUUCUUCCUGUAGCUUAGGCUUUGGGGCAAGGAACUCCAUGGGGCAAGAGCGACCCUGCUCUGGGUUGACAGAGUGUGGUGGUUUUGCGCCUACUAGAGUGUCGUCUUGCCCUCCUACUGCUGACUGGACUCCGUGAUAGCCUUUCCUACCCAGGACUGAGAUCCUGGAUUGGCUGGUGGAGAGACCAUGGUGGCCAGCACAGGACAACUAGGCUUUCUCUCCAUAGCCUGUGGUCACGCGGGUGGGUCCUGCAGGGCUGCCUCCGGGACCACACUAGCUCACCUGCUGGGGUGACUCCCUGUGGCCCACAGCCUUUCUGGCAGAUCCCUGGGAAGCAGGAGCAUUCCUGUUUAUCCCUGGCCACAGGCUGCACACCCGGGGCUGGCCCUCAUGGCAGUCAGAUGCCCGUCACUCGCUCUAGCCUCUGCUCUUUGCCUCCUUUGAGCUAAUUCCAGAUAUUGGGCUUGACCAGGCUAGGGCGCCCAGAGACUUUAAGGACCAGGGAGAGAACGCCCCACGGGGCUCAAGCACAAGGGGCUAAUUUUCCUGCAGCAUUUCUGUGCAGUGAAAAUAACCCCAGUCUGCAAAGGAGAAGGAGGGAAUGGACUGCCAGAAUUUCCCGAGCUCCUUAUAUCCUGAUGGGAUGUAAAAUCCCAAUCCAAUGUGGGAGGAAUUUAGCCUCCCGUUGGUGAAAUGAAGCCUGUGCUGGACACUCCUGAGGUGGGGAGGGGGCUCAGAUCAGGCUCUUAGUGGUGUUAGACAGAGGUCAUCAUUGGGGAUGUGGGGACCCCAGACCUCUUCUAUGAAUAUGUGAGAAUUUAACACAUCUCUGGCCUCGUGCUGGAAUUCCGGGGCACUCCAGUCAGGCCCGGAGCCCUGGAAAUUCCCGACAGGUGUGAAAGGACUUCCACUUCCUUGGGAGGGAGGAGAUCCCUACAGUAGGGAAGAUCCUCUUUGUAGGAAAGGGAUCCCUACAGUAGCCGAGAUGUGUGUGUGUUUGUUUUUUUAAAGUUUUCCUCCUCUGAUCCUGGGAAGAAGAGCUCUUUGGUGAUUCUUCUCUGCUGUUGGCCCAGGUCAAAAGCAUCUUCAUUGAUGUGAAACAAAAGCCUGGUCUGAAGCCAGUUUCCACCUGGGAGACAGCUGGGCUGAGAGGAGGGGAGCGCUGCAGCGGAGCUGGGGUCCUGCCCUGGCUGUCCGCUGCAGAUCUCAGCUCGGGAAGCUAGCUCCCCUCUGUGUGUGAGGGGCAAGCAGGUAACCCAAGCUGGGCUCUGGGCAAGGUGCUCUGGAGAGGCAAACCCUUGCUGUUUUGAGCCAUUGUGUGUGCAGCGGUGACACUUAAUGGUCCCUUGCCACUGCCCCACCCAGAUUCCUCAAGGUCAGGCCAACUUUGUGUUCGUCUGACGUCUCGUUUCGCAAAAUAAAUCAGAAGAGAUGGUAUUGGGUUCCUCCGCUCACUGCUCUGGCCAUCCCAUCCUGGAGGGGGUGCCUCCUAGACGCCUCUUGGUGCCCUGGGGAGGAGUCAGAAAUCCCUAGAAACACCAACAAAACUACCGCCCCAGAGGAGGGUGUCAGGGACUGACUCACCCACUCUGGCGUGAGCAGGUCACGGUCAGCUUUUUGUAUGAUCCAGGACUGGCCGGUGCCUCUGUUUUCGUUCCUCUGAAAUGGAUCUGUGAUCUCCAACUGAUACUGGGACAUCAUCUCUUUAUUCUUCCUCGCCCACUGUUGAUUUUAGUGAAUUCGGAAUAUUUGAGCUAUUAUUUCAUGAGCUGUUUUGUUUAAGGAGCUAAUUCUUAAAGAGAUACUUGGGGCUGUAGACACAGAUCUUUUUAAACCCACGAGAACUACGAGGGCGGAGGCUGGCUGACCUGCUUUGGAAUCUGUGAAUGUCACAAAGCAGUGUCUGGUGCUCCUUUCUGCAGCCCAGAUGUUGUGUGAGUGUCUACACACGCUGAAACGUACAGCAGGUCUGAGCAUUGUGAAUUCUCGUGAAUUCCUUUCCCUUUCCCUUUCCCUUUCCCUUUCCUUUUCCUCCCUCUCUCCCUCCCUCUUUCUCUCUCUUGCUUUUCUUUCUUAAGUUUUCAUGAAUUCUUGAGCCCAAGGGAAGUUCCCUGCCAUAGACUGGACGUUUGUGUUGCCUCAAAAAUCAUAUGUUGAAGCCUAACCCCCCGUGCGAUGGAAAGGGGUGGGGGAUUAGUUCAUGAAGGCAGAGCCCUCAUGAAUGAGAUUAGUGCCCCUAUGAAGAGACACCUGUAGAGCUCCCUCGCCCCUUCUGCCUUGUGGGGGACGUAACAGGAAGGCAGCUGCCUGAAGUUCAGACUUGGAAUGAACCAGCGCGGGAUCUUGGCUGGAUCUUCCAGCCUUCAGAAUUGUGAGAGGGGCGCCGGGGUGGCUCAGUGGGUUAAAGCCUCUGCCUUCGGCUCAGGUCAUGAUCCCAGGGUCUUGGGAUCGAGUCCUGCAUGGGGCUCCCUGCUCAGCGGAGAGCCUGCUUCCUCCUCUCUCUGCCUGCCUGCUUGUGAUCUUUCUCUGUCAAAUAAAUACAUUUAAAAAAAAAAAGUGUGAGAAAUAAAUGUUUGUGAUUUAAGCCA